UGUAAAUGAAACGCUCUUCGUUUCUAAAAUAAGAUGAUUUCUUGUUUGUAAGACAGUGUUUUUGUGCCCACUGUUGCACUACAGCAAACUGGACUCUGAGCGCCGCUAUUGGUUCAUGUAUGAACUACAGUCCAAUUCAGCGCAUCCGUCCUCCCUUUUAAUUCCUCUUCUCCCUCACUGCUGAGAAAGACGACGAUGUGACGGGUCUUUAUUCUACAGCUCCGUGUUUUCAAGCACGCAGUGGUUCCUACUUUUUGUUCAUCAGUGUAAAUUCGAUGUUAUGGAGCGGAUUACAAGCGCCAGCAUUGUUGGAUCUAUGAUGUGGAUGACGGCUCUCAGAGGACGAUGGAGAGUCCUGGUUUUCAUUCUUUGUCUCGCGGAGCUGCGCUCGGUGACUGGACAGGCUCGCUACUCAAUUCCAGAGGAGCAGGCCGAGGGAUCUGUGGUUGGAAAUAUUGCCAAAGAUCUGGGUUUGGAUGUGACGAGGCUCGUAUCAGGUAAAGCUCGGAUAAUCGUAAAGGAAGGUCCACAAUAUGUAGAUUUAAACCGAGACAAAGGCACGCUUGUUAUUAAAGAGCGAGUCGACCGAGAAGAGCUUUGUGGAAAGACGACGCCCUGCAGCUUCAGCUUCGAUGUGAUUUUAGAAAACCCCAUCCAGCUUUAUCGAGUCACGGUGGAGAUUGUUGACAUUAAUGACAACAGUCCGUCGUUCACAAAAAACGAAAUCAAUUUGGAAGUCGUUGAAAGUGUUGCGUCAGGAUCCCGGUUCUCUUUGGAGAGCGCAGAUGAUCCUGAUGUCGGCAUCAAUGAUAUUCAGAAAUACACUCUGAAACCAUCAGAUAAUUUCAAAUUAGAAAUAAAAAAUCAGCCAGGUGGUGGAACAUUUAUUGAAAUGGUCCUGCAGAAGCCGUUAGACCGAGAGAAAGAGGAGAGUCACACGCUGGUGCUGGUCGCUUCAGACGGUGGUGAGCCACACAGAUCAGGGACGGUGCGGAUUCACAUCACUGUAUUAGAUGCUAAUGAUAAUGCACCAGUGUGCAGCCAGAGUGUUUAUAAAGCAGAUGUGAGAGAAAACUCUCCAGCAGGGACGCUGGUGACUACUGUUCACGCUCAUGACGCAGAUUCAGGACUGUAUGGUGACGUCACUUAUUCAAUCGCUCACGUCCCCAAAGAUGCGAAGAAUCUUUUUGAAAUUGAUGUUAAAUCUGGAGAAAUCAAAGUGUCUGGUAACGUAGAUUAUGAAAAAUCUACAGCAUAUCAAUUGAAUGUUCAGUCUCGUGAUCAUGGAGGCCUGACAGACACCUGCAAAGUUAUUAUUCAGAUAAUAGAUGAGAAUGAUAACGUCCCUGCAAUACAGAUGAUGUCACUGUCAAACACCAUUCCAGAAGAUUCUCCUCCUGGAACAACUGUAGCUGUUUUUAAUGUUAAUGAUAAAGACUCUGAUGUAAACGGAAAAGUUAAAUGUUCCCUCAACUCUGAUGUACCUUUUAAAAUCGAGUCUUCAUUAUCAGGUUAUUACACCAUCGUGACUGAAGACUUCUUAGACAGAGAAAGUAUUUCUGAGUAUAAUCUGACCAUCACCGUCUCUGACCAAGGCUCUCCACCUCUGUCUAGCCACAAACACAUCAAUGUUAAAGUGUCAGACGUCAAUGACUGUCCUCCUAAAUUUGAUCAGUCCCAGUAUAGAAAGAUGGUACCAGAGAACAACUCUCCAGGGUUCUCUGUGUUCACUCUCAGUGCUAGUGACGCAGACUGGGGCCAGAACUCUCGAGUCUCUUAUUUCUUAGAGGAGAAAGAGGUGAAUGGUGUAGCAGUGUCUUCACUGGUGUCAGUCAACUCAGAGAGUGGUGUUGUUCAGGCAGUGAGGUCCUUUGACUAUGAGCAGAUCAAGUGGUUUGAAUUCAACAUCACAGCUCGAGAUGCUGGAUCUCCUCCUCUGAGCUCUGUGGCCACAGUGAAAAUCCUGAUCCAGGACCAGAACGACAACCCUCCUCAGGUUCUGUAUCCGGUCCAGACUGGUGGCUCUCUGGUGGCUGAGAUGGUGCCUCGCUCAGCAGACGUGGGCUAUCUGGUCACUAAAGUGGUGGCUGUUGAUGUGGACUCUGGACAGAACGCCUGGCUCUCCUAUAAACUGCAGAGAGCCACAGACAGGCCGCUGUUUGAAGUGGGCUUACAGAAUGGAGAGAUCAGAACCAUCCGACAAGUCACCGAUAAAGAUGCUGUGAAACAAAGACUGAGCGUUACAGUGGAGGACAACGGACAGCCCUCUCGUUCAGCUACAGUCAUUGUGAACGUGGCGGUGGCCGACAGCUUCCCAGAAGUCAUGUCAGAGUUCACUGACUUUACACAGGACAAGGAGUACAACGACAACCUGACUUUUUACUUAGUCUUGGCUCUGGCUGUAGUUUCCUUCCUCUUCAUCACGUGUCUAGUGGUGAUUAUCUCAGUCAAGAUCUACAGAUGGAGACAGUCUCGCGUCCUGUAUCACUCCAAUCUCCCUGUGAUUCCAUAUUAUCCACCACGUUACUCAGACACUCUGGGGACAGGGACUCUCCAGCAUGUGUACAACUACGAGGUGUGCAGGACCACUGACUCCAGAAAGAGUGAUAUGAAGUUCAUGCCACCUAUGAGUGACAGUCUAGUGAGUGUGGAUGGAGCUGACGCUGAUGAUCCACGUGUGGAGAAGGACAUGUCUGGGAACUUCUCACAGAUGUCUACUUUGGUGAGUCAUGAAUAAGUAGACUAAUUUCAGCUCAUGCAUGUUUUUGGUUGCUUAAACCUGCAGAUGUUUGACACAAACAGUUCUGAUUAAUGUUUAAAUGAUGUAGCUUGCGUCUGAGAUACUCAGUCAAAUGUACAUUUUACAGUACUAUUCUGAAAUUUAAAAGAAGCAAUAUCAUGAUCAAAUCGUUACUUCUGAACCCCUUGACUUACGUUUCAUCUCAUUUUUGCUCAAGCUAAUUCACAAAGAAGAGGUGAUGACAGUCAUUUUUUGUUUCCAUUUCUAAUACAGUUAUAUAUUCGCUAACGUAAUUCAGAACCUGGUCAGUUAUGCUCCUGAGGAUUGAAAUAUUAUAUUGUCAACCUAAUUUUGGAUUUAACCGCAUUGUCUGGACAAUCAAAGUGGUGGGACAAUCAUAAUCAAUUUAUCGUGGAACUGUAGCAUUCGAAUUGCUGAUCGUAUUUUGUACAAGUUCCUUGUUGAGGUGCCUUUUUACAAAUAUGAAUA